UCGGAAGUGUAACAACGCUAUGCAGCAGCACGGCGGGAUUUUCUUUGCAGUUUAUGGCUUAUUUGUGCGAUUUUCUUGCUCAUUUUCUUAUAUGCGUUACGUUUUAAAUCUAAAUUAUUAAAAUAGUCAUAAAUUAAAUAUGGUACUCCUGAGCUGCGUCUUGCCAUUUAUUACGGUUUACACCUUAUCCAAAAGUAUAUUGUAAUUAUAAGAAUGGUAUGGAAUUGUGUAUGCUCUUGAGGAAAAAGGUUAUACAUUUCUGCCGCUGAUAUGUCCCUCAGAAAAGAAGUAUUCCAGUCCAAGGUCCUGCAAAGACUGUACCCUGCUGCCCAGGAGCAGAGUAUACUUGCACCUGUGCCACCUGUAAAAAGACCUCAGUCAAUCCCACACAAGAAGUCAGGUAAUGAGGAGAAUACAGCUGUACAAGGUAAAAAGCUCUACACUGUUCUUCCUCCUCCUGAAGGCUACCUCAUUAAUAGUGAGGAGGAUUUGGUCACACCAUCCAAUCCAGAUCCCACUGACUCCGAGGACAGCCCAGCCGAUGCUGAUGACCAUGAGUUAUAUAAAAAGAGGAAAAGGAGGAGAAAGAAAAAAGUGUUACCCAAUACCACAGAGGAAGUAUCCACCCCUGCAGCGGAGGGCGCUAUACUGGGCCAGACAGAUGCUGCACAUCCCAGUGAUGAAGGGGACACUGGAAGCUCAGUCAGCACAGAGCAGCUCAGCAAGAACAGAAAGAGGAAGAUGAAGAAAAAACGCCACAAAGAGAAAGUCCAAGCUCUUGGAUUGGUGCCUCGAGCAAGAGCUGUUGAAUUCACGUAUGCACAGAGAGGAGAUGGAAAUUCAGAGGAGGUGCUCGACUUCCUUCGUUCAACACAGGAGAUCUACCUCUCUGAUCUCAAAUACUCUGGGUCCGGUGUAGAAAGCGCCCCCUCUCUCUCCCUCGCUGCAGCAGAGGCUCUGUUCUCUCGUCUCUCAGGCAGGACGCUGCCCCCUGCUGAGAUCUCUAGGCUGUGUGGACUUAGGGCUGUACUGGUGAAGAAUGAAGGGCAGUUAAAAUCACAGCUGCAAGAAUUCAGACACACAAGCACAUUACCUGCAGAAGAGGUUUCAGUAGUCUGCACACUUAUUGAGUAUUGGCUGGCAGAGAUUCUGCCCAUGCAGAGACAGCCGAGGACAUGACGCCCCCAGAUUCAGCGCCUGAGAGGAAAAUGACUGAAUAACCAGCAGGUCCCUGAUUGUGAUAUCUCAUUAUAAAAAAAGAGAUCUUCAGUCAUGCUGUUUUAUAGUCAAGGAUUUCAAGAAAACCAGGAUCAAUCAGCUUCAGCAACUAUUUGAAUGAUGUACUUUAGUUUAUCUUGUCUUCACAUUAAUAAUUACUUACGAAAAAUAUUUUUUUUUUUUACACAUUC